UAGUGUUGGGUAUAAAAGUAGUGGUGGUGGUGGUGGUGGUAGUGUUGGUGGAGGCCUUCACUUGAUGACCAUGUCUGAGACUCGCCAGAAUCCGGCAACUCUCCACACUUUCCGGCAAGAUCAUCCCAUAUUGUGGCCAAUUGAGAUCCGUGAUUACUGCAUGAACCCGAUGAGCCUUAGCCGGAAUAGUGAGAUGCCGGCCAACAAUUUGUCACCUAAUACUGCUAUUUCCCUCUCAUCGAUUACAAAUAGUGGCAGCAUGGACUCAUCGAAAUGCCUGCUGGGGAAAUUUUCCGGCAAUGAAGCUGUUGCCCCACCUACCCAUGUUCCCAUGACAGAGACCACACACAAAGAGGGUUGCACUGUUAAUGUUACAAAAGCUAGAGCCUCUGCAGCAAAGGAGAAAGAGGCAAGGGUUUUAAGGUAUAGAGAGAAGAAGAAGAACAGAAAAUUUGAAAAGAAAAUAAGGUAUGCCUCAAGGAAAGCCUUUGCUGACAAGAGGCCUCGCAUUAAAGGCCGCUUUGUGAAGAGAAAUGAGGUCUGUGACCUACCCAAGUACCCCUCCAAGCUUGGCAUGGAUAGGUUCCAUCCCUAAAGAGAGAGAGAAUCCUAGAGAGAUUUCAAUGAUAGAUUGAUGGUCAUGUUUGAAUAAUGAGCAUUAUGGUUGCCAAAAAAAAAUCAGAAUUUCAAGUUCUAAAAAUAGUGUAAAUUGCCCCCU